AUGACUUUCAAAAUGUUGUCGACCGGCACAUCUGGAUCAAUCGCGCUGUCGCUCAUCUUGCUUUUUUGUUUACUUCGACGAAUCCGUUAUCUUCGACGGUCGAAUACGAAGCUGGCUAUUUCAUGGCAUAAGAAGAAAGUGGCCUUUCCUAUUGUUCUUCUUGCAAUUCACUUGGCUUACUUUUGGUAUUUCCUGCUAAUGGGUCAUCCCGAUCCAAGACUUGCCAUUCUUAUAGACUCCGCCUUGGUCCUGGUAGGGGCGACUACAGCUGUCUCGCUAUCCAUUCUCGAACAAACAGGAUCCAUCAGUUCAUCAGGCGUCAUGCUAGUGUAUCUCGCAUGCUCUCUAACCAGAGACCUUUGGGAAUUACGAGUCAUCGCAAGCUGCUCAAGCAUUGGGGCUUGUUACUUAGUCAAAUCGAGGGCCGUGUUAGAGUGUAUCUGGCUGUUCUGGGAUCUACGAGCCAGGGGCUUCUUCUUAUACCACGGCCAAAGGUCUGUUUCUACGCCAGGGGAAGCAGUGGGGCUCCUUGGUCAAGUCUUCUUCUGGUGGCUACAUCCAGUGUUAAGGGAAGGUUAUAGCGCGAGGCUUAGCCUUUCUCAUUUGCCAGAGAUCGACGGACAUCUUUCGUCAAAGAGACUCCGAAGACAAGUCUUAGAAUCCUGGACUGCAAAAUCCCACGUCCACACAAGAUGGAAGCUUCUAUAUGCGUUAGCGAGGUGUCUGAAAGUUGCAUUACUAUCACCAAUACUCCCGCGCCUAUUCCUAAUUCUAUUUACAUACCUGCAACCCCUUUUCAUUGGAGUUGCGAUCGAGUUUGUCAAUGGCACCCCUCACACCAUUCUCGGUGAAAAUAGUGGCUUUCGGUUGCUGCUUUUUGCUACGAUCGUGUAUAUGGGGAUAGCGGUAUCAGCGGCAAUCUACCAAAGCCGGGUCAACAGGCUACGUGUGAUGGUCCGGGGAGCACUGAUCGGUCUCAUUCACCAUCAGUCUCUUAAUUUAGCACACGACCGGUCUCAAGGCUCGACCGCAUUGACAUUGAUUACUUCCGAUAUUGACAGUAUUGAGUCUGUUGGUGAAACUUUCCACGAGACUUGGGCCCGGCUUGUGGAGGUUGUUAUCGGCACAGCAUUGUUGGCCUCUCGCAUCCAAUGGUUUGCGUUUCUACCGUUAGUGAUAAUCUUCGGUAGGUGGCGGAUAAAGGAACUUCUGAGAGUUAGAUCGUGUUGA